UGAAGAUCGUGCUCAGACUCGUUUUCUCGUUUUAUGAGUAACGAUUUUUAUUACAUAAAAUUUAAUUCGGAUCGAAAUUUAAAUAAGUAUUUCUUAUUUUAGUAUACAAUAAAAAUAAUAAUAAUAGUAAUGGCAACCAAGAAGUUUGCUGGUCCAUCGCCUUACAAGCUGAAGGAUACCUACCCUGAAGUUGAUUACUUGCAUACCGAAUAUCUCAAUAACGUGGCUGCAAGCGACAAACUUAGAGCUAAACCAGUUGUUGGAGCUAUUUUUGGUUUAGGUCGUGCUGGAUCAAUUCAUUUAAGUAGCAUAAUACAUAAUCCUCGUGUCGUCAUGAAAUAUGUAGUCGAUGAUCGCAAGGAAAAGUUUGAUAAUCUUAAAGCUUACUGGAAAUUAAGCGACGACGUUAAAUUCUUAACUUCGAAAGAUAAGGAUAUUGUUUACAAGGAUAAAUCUGUGAACGUGAUUUUUAUCGGAUCUCCAACCUAUACACAUCACGAAAUUGUGGUCAAUUCCAUUGCCAACAAUAAAGAUGUUUUUUGCGAAAAACCUAUCGCGGAGGGAAUCGAAGACACUAAGAAGUGUUAUGAAGCGGCUAAAGCCAAGGGCCGUGUUUUGUUUGCCGCAUUCAACCGUCGCUUCGAUCCAGCUUACAGGUCACUGAAAGACAGGGUUAGACAAGGAGAAAUAGGGCAUGUUCAAAUUCUUAAGGUAACGGCUAGAGAUUCGCCAUUGCCUACGAUUGAUUACUUAAAGACUUCAGGAGGCGUCUUCCACGACUGUUUAGUACAUGACUUUGAUAUGUCCUGCUGGGUGCUUGGUGAGCUGCCAAUUCGUGUGCAAGCAACUGCCACAGCUCUUAUCCCUGAAGUGAAGGCUAUUAAUGACUUUGAUACUAUUGGUUUUCUACUAACAUUUCCCUCUGGUGCCAUAGCUAUCGGUGACAAUAGUCGUUACAGUGCAUACGGAUAUGACCAGAGGUUGGAAGUUUUCGGAAACAAGGGUAUGAUCAAGGUUGAAAACGAGAGACCGAUUCAUUCGAUUGAGUUAUAUAAGGAACAAACAGGCGUCAACCUCAAUCCGAUCUACUAUUCAUUCCCCUCGCGUUACAAAGUUGCUUAUAAACGCGAGCUCGAGCAUUUCCUGGAUGUUGUGCAAUAUGGAGUUCCACAAGAUGUGACCAGUUGGCAGACUCUUGCAGUGAGUAAGAUCGCAACGGCGGCCGAGGAAAGUGCUCGCACCGGAAAGACUGUCGAAAUUGACUGGAGUGAUGAUAAAAUACCAGCUGUUUACGCAUAAUCAUAAAUUUCAUUGUCUAUAAAUGUGUUUAAUGUGUACCGUUUGCUUUCUAAUAAAAUAAAAAUAAACAUUA